UUUAUGUUGCAUUACUUAGUAAGGACGAUUCUGCAUAAAUUGCACAAAUACCUGAAAUUAAUGAGCAUUUAAGUUCACACAGCUGAAAUUAAAGUAUUCCUAAACUCUACAUCCCCAAACCCCAAGAAAAGAAGACAACAGUGAAACAUGGAAGAAAAUGGUAGCAAGAUAAAUCGAAUGGCUCGUACAAUUAGUCACGAUAUUAACUCAUGCACAUGACAUGUGUAAAUGAGUCAAGUUCGAGCCAAGCUCGAGUAGUACCUAAAUUUUUAGGACUCGAGCUUAAAUUCAACAUCAAAGAUCACGAGCCGGCCCAAGAGCUUUAUACCAAACGAUAAAAAAUUACCUAAAAAUGGUAAAAGAUGAACUCGAACUUUUGUCCAGCCAACUCAUCUGAUGUAUAUCAGAACAUGGCAUUGCCCUUGUUAAGGGUCUUUCAAUAACUCGGAAAGUGAUUUUUCUUUUUAGGAAAAUAAGGUUCCAAAACAGGUGGGAUAACAUCUGCACACAAAAAACUUAAGGUAACACGUGUUUAAGACGUUUUCAACAAUGGAACGAGACAAAUGUUUACCUAGUAUAAAAUCAAGCAAAGAUCAUAAGCCUCAUCACUUGCAUAUAGAAGCUUUAUCAACCUUAAAAGAGUCGAGAUUAAGAAAUAAAAGAAUGGAGGGAAGGAAGAGCCAUCCUUUGCUGAGUGGAGGUAACUUAAAAGAGAAGCCAAAAUACAUGCAUGGCUUUUCUUCAUCUCAGAUUCAGUCACUAGCUGCUGUUUGUGAAGCCCUCAUACCUUCCCUUCCCACUAAUGGAGUCAACCAAAUAUCGGACGAUAAUGCCCUCUACUCGUACUACACGUCUUCAGCUUCUCAAACUCCAUUUCCUAAUGAGACGGCAGAGCUGAUAGUGAAGAGGGGGAUACCAAAAGCGGUGCUGGUAGUGAGCCUAGUGUUGAAGUUUCUAUCGACUAGAAUAGGCACACUUUUGCUGUGUGGGAGUAACUGUUUGGAUUGGAAAUGGCCUUUUAUUCACAAGUUCUCAGAACUAUCCAUCAACAAGAGAGAAUCGAUCCUCCAGAAAUGGUCGAGAGGAACUCUUGUCCUCCCUCUAAGAACAGUCUUCUUCAUGCUUAAAGUCACCUGUUUCUACACUUUCUUCUCUCUUACCGACGAAAAAUCGCAAAAUCCAGCGUGGGAAGCAAUUGGUUACCACAUAGAGAAAGUCGAAAUUUCGGGACAACCAGAAAAGGAAAGGCCUCUCGAAAAAGGCGUCAUAGAAACCGAGAAAGAAAACAAGCUCACGCUAAGAGAAUCUCUCGUUCAGAAAGGCCUAAAAGUUGCCGAAAACCCAAAAGAUCACAACACACUCAAUAUCGAAUGCGAUGUAGUGAUAGUGGGUUCGGACUGUGGAGGAGGAGUUGCAGCAGCAGUUCUUGCAAAGGCUGGCCUAAAAGUUGUAGUCCUCGAAAAAGGGCAUUACUUCACAGCAGAAGAUUAUUCAGAGCUGGAGGGACCUUCCAUGAAUGAAAUGUAUGCCUCGGGUGGAAUUUUUUCAACUCUACACGGCAAAUUCAUACUCCUGGCUGGUUCGACGGUUGGGGGUGGUUCAGCUGUGAACUGGUCGGCUUCCAUCAAAACUCCCGAUCAUGUUCUUCAAGAAUGGUCGGCUGAGAAGAAGAUUUCGAUGUUUGGAGGUGCUGAAUACCAAUCUGCCAUGGAUGAGGUGUGGGGAAGAAUAGGUGUAACCGAGAACUGCGUAGAAGAAGGGUUUCAGAACCAAGUAGUGAGAAAAGGGUGCGAAAAUCUUGGACUCAAAGUUGAGGGGGUAGCGAGAAAUUCCACAGAGAAUCACUACUGUGGUUCUUGCGGCUAUGGCUGUAGAAGAGGUGAAAAGAAGGGAACUGAUUCGACUUGGCUCGUCGAUGCAGUGAACAACGGUGCAGUGAUCUUAACGGGGUGUAAAGCGGAGAAGUUCUUGUUGGUAAAAGACAAGAAUCUCGAGCAGAGAAAGAGAUGCAAAGGAGUAAUUGCAACUGUAGAGAGCGAGAGCGAGAGCACUCGAAUGAAGCUGCACAUUGAGGCAAAGGCGUCGGUUGCAGCUUGUGGUGCUCUUUUCACACCACCUCUACUAGUUUCCAGUGGGCUGAAGAACAAGAACAUAGGCAAGAAUCUCCAUCUCCACCCUGUUCUAUUUGCCUGGGGAUACUUCCCAGAAUCCGGUUCCCAAUUGAGAGGCAAGAACUUCGAAGGAGGAAUCAUAACCUCCAUGAACAAGGUGAUAACUGGAGAGCCCAAUUUCAGGACAAUAGUCCAAACUGCAGGAUUCGGACCAGCGUCUUACGCUGUCUUCCUGCCAUGGGUUGCAGGUAAAGACAUGAAAGAUAGAAUGUCGAAAUAUUCAAGAACCGCGCUUCUGUUCACACUGGUCAGAGACGUGGGGUCCGGUGAGGUGAGAGAGGAAGGAAGAGUAUCGUACAAGUUGAAUAAAUUCGACGAGGAGAAUCUCAAAGCAGGGCUGAGACAGUGUUUAAGGAUCAUGAUUGCAGCGGGGGCCGCUGAGGUGGGAACUUUCCAGAACAACGGGCAGAGGCUGGAGUGUGAAGGGGUCGGGGGUGAGGAUGUAGAGAAGUUUCUGGAGAAGGUGAUGGCUGCUGGGGGGCCAUCUUCUGGGGGGCAAUAUUGGAAUACUUACGCUUCUGCACAUCAGAUGAGCAGCUGCAGGAUGGGGGCUGAUGAGAGAGAUGGUGCGGUUGAUGGGAAUGGGGAGAGCUGGGAAGGUAAGGGCUUGUUUGUGUGUGAUGGGAGUGUCCUGCCCACUGCUGUUGGUGUUAAUCCCAUGAUUACUAUUGAAUCAACUGCUUACUGCAUCUCCAAGAGAAUUGCGGACUACCUGGACAAGGAAAAGCAAACUUAGAUUAUGUGGAUGCUCGUGCCUUUCUAGUUUGCUACAUGACUGUGUGUGUGUGUGUGUGUGUGUGUGUGUGUGUGUGUGUGUGUGUGUGUGUGUGUCAGUACUAUGUGUCUUAGCAUUGUCCCUUUUGAGUUUUGGGUGAAUAAAAUGUUGAUGUAAGCAGCUAGUCCCUAUUUGGCAUAAAGACAGUCCAUUCCCUACAAUCCAAUCCUCUCCAUCCAACUUAGACUAAAUAAUUAAAAUAUUUCUCAUAUC